UGCCUCCCACAGGUGCCCACCAUGAUUCCCUGGGUGCUCUUGGCCUGUGCCUUCCCCUGUGCUGCUGACCCACUGCUCGGUGCCUUCGCUCGCAGAGACUUCCAGAAGGGGUCCUCUCAGCUGGUCUGCAGCCUGCCUGGCCCCCAGGGCCCACCUGGUCCCCCGGGAGCUCCCGGACCUUCGGGAAUGGUGGGAAGAAUGGGACUUCCCGGCAAAGACGGCCAGGAUGGCCAGGAUGGAGCACGGGGAGACAGCGGAGAUGAAGGUCCACCUGGCCGGACAGGUAAUCGGGGAAAGCCAGGACCCAAGGGCAAGGCUGGGGCCAUUGGGCGGGCUGGCCCUCGCGGUCCCAAGGGGGUCAGCGGUGCCCCCGGGAAGCAUGGUACACCAGGCAAGAAGGGGCCCAAGGGCAAGAAGGGAGAGCCAGGCCUCCCGGGACCCUGCAGCUGUGGCAGUGGCCAUGCCAAGUCAGCCUUCUCAGUGGCAGUGACUAAGAGCUACCCACGGGAGCGGCUGCCCAUCAAGUUUGACAAGAUUCUGAUGAAUGAGGGAGGCCACUACAACGCAUCCAGUGGCAAGUUCGUGUGCGGCGUGCCAGGAAUCUACUACUUCACCUAUGACAUCACACUGGCCAACAAGCACCUGGCCAUAGGCCUGGUACACAACGGCCAGUACCGCAUCCGGACCUUCGACGCCAACACGGGCAACCACGAUGUGGCCUCGGGCUCCACCAUCCUGGCCCUCAAGCAGGGUGACGAGGUCUGGCUGCAGAUCUUCUACUCGGAGCAGAACGGACUCUUCUACGAUCCCUACUGGACAGACAGCCUCUUCACAGGCUUCCUCAUCUAUGCCGACCAGGACGAUCCCAACGAGGUGUAGACCGGCUGCGGGUACCGGGUACCGCAGGACUCCUGCUGGGGGUU